CGGGCUGUGCUGUGAGGGUGUGGUGAGCGGGCGAGGCGGCGGCGGGAGCGGCGGCUCCGCUCGGGUGCUCUGAGGGGUUCCCCCACACCUCUGCCCCGGCCUGUGCGAGGCGAUGGCGGAGGGGCCGCAGCAGCUGCUGGAGGUGUGCGGGCAGAGGCUGUCCCGCUUCCUCUCGGACGCCCGGCACAAGCACCUGGCCUGGCUGCGGGAGGUGGAGGAGCAGGGCAUGAGGAUGCUCAAGAGCAGCUUCAGGGAUGAGCCCAUGCUCUUGCCCAAAACGCCGUCGCAGAGGAGGAAGCUCAGAAAAAGGCAGUCGUCCUGGAUGAGGGAGGAAAACAAGGAGCUGAGCAGGAGGAGGUUAUCCAGAAGGAGGAGUGGUGUCAAGCUGCAGUCUUCCAGCCUGAGCUCCCAGCAGUGCCUGAGGCAGGAGCAGCCCCUGAGCCCUGGCUGUGAGGGGCAGGAUGUGUCUGUGCCCAGCUGUGCUCCAGGAUCUCAGGCUGCCAUCGCACCCCAGCGCCCCGCUCUGCCCGGGAGGCAGCCUGAGGAAUCACAUCUGGAUUGCCAGGAGUGUCCCCAGGGUGCUGCUGGGGGUGAUGCAGCCUUUCCAGCAGUUUUGGGGGAGCAGCUGCCUGAGGUGGAUGCAGCAGAUGAGCUCCAGGAGGCCCCUGUGCUCCUGGCUGAACAGCCAGGAAGGGAUGGGGAGCAGGACCCCAGGAGAGCCAGCACCUCCACUCCCAAGGCUGCUCAGAAUGGUGACCCUGCUGCACUCCAAGGAGAUGCAUCUCCUCGAGGCCUCGAGGCCCUGCUCUUCCAGGACUCUCCCAGUAAAAGUGCAGCACAGAAAUCCAGGAUGCGCCGCCGGAGCGGGCUGGGCGCCCCCCGCAAGAGCCAUAGGGCUUCCCUGGCAGAAAAGUGCUCCCUGGCCAGCAGGAGGGAGAACAUGAUCCGGAGAUCCAUCAGCAGGGCCAGGAAGGCAGCAGCACGAGAAUCCUCCUCGGCCUCCAGCAGAGUGAGCUGUCAGAGCUCCUUGGAGGCCUUUGUGGAAGAAGAUGUGACCAGCAGCACAAGGCCUGAGCUGGAGCCAAAUUCCCCGAGGGAGAAGGCUCCUGGAGAUGUCCUUGUUCCAAGCACAAGUCCCCGAGCUGCCAGCCCUCCUGCACAGUACCUGUCCCCUCUGGAGGAGCAGGCAGGGAAUGCUGCAGGAAGCCAUGUAAAUCCCAGCAGUGAGCCCCAGAAGAGCCAGGAACAACCCCACUGUGCCAAACCCCUGGAGAGCUCCUCCCGCAUCUGGAUGAAAGGCUGCAAGCAAGCCCUGGGUGUCCUGUGGCACGGGCAGCAGACGGGGGGCAAGGUCCUUUCCCCUUUGGAUGAGAAGCACAAGUCUUUGGCAAACCAGGCUCCGUCAACCCCCUCUCCGGCCAGCAAGGCUGUCAGGCCACUGAAGAACUUCCUGCAGGGACAAGGGGGUGGCAUCAAGGACUUCAUCAAGCGUAACACUCCCACCCGGUCCCACCUGAAGGGAGACUUUGUUGAGAAGGAGAGGCAGAGGCUGGAGAACCUCCGGAAGAAGCAGGAGGCUGAGGAACAGAGGAAGAAGAAAGUGGAGGAGGAGAAGAGACAGCGUCAGGCAGAAAUGAAGCAGAAGAGGGAAGAGCGCCUGAGGAAGGCCCUGCAGGCUCGAGAGCGUGCAGAACAGAUGGAGGAAAAGAAGAAAAAGCGGGUGGAGCAGAAGAUCCUGCAGAGUGAUGAGAAGGUGAGGGAAGAGAAGGUGGCAGAGGAGCGGAGCAAGAGGAAAGGGUCCAAGAAACAUGGGGAAGCUGAGGCACGGAAGCAGAAAUCCCUGAGAGAGGAGGAAAAUGAGCAGCAAGAACCACUGCAGAAAAGAAGAGAGGAUGAAGUGAAGGAAAGAGGGAAAACAGUUUUGGAACUGAAGAACCUUCUGGAGCAGAAACAGCUGGGACAAGCGAAGGAGAGGUAUCCCAAGCAGCGAGGGAAGGAGAAACCCCCCCAAGCACAGCAGGAGCCAACAGCAUUGGCUGGCAAGGCCACCAAGGGGAAACAAAGUCCCAAAGAGCUGCCUCUUGGGCCUGGGCUGGAGAAAAGAUACGAGCCACCAGAAUCCUUUUUCCCAGCUCUUAAUAUCUGGCUUCAAGCAGAGAGGGAGGCUGACGGUCAGCAGCAGCCGAGGGAGGAGAAAAAACCCAUUCCACCAGCAGCCCCUGGGACACGGCCGAACAAAGCCGUCAAGAAAUCCCUCUCCACAUCCUGCCUCGGCUCCCUGAAGGGUGCUCCAGAACCAGCAUCACCCCCAGCCAAUGAGAACAGCUACGGGCUGGAUCUGAACAGUGACGACUCCACAGAUGAUGAGAGCAACCCUCGGAAGCCCAUCCCUGCCUGGGCUGAUGGGGCGCAGCUCCAGGAGGCCAUCGUGCACCAGUACUACCACCCCGUGGACCUGGACGCGCUGUUCGGGGCCAUCCCCAGCCCCAAGCUGGAGGACAUCUUCUACAAGAACAAACCGCGCUACUUCAAGCGCACGAGCUCGGCCGUGUGGCACUCCCCGCCCGGCCCCUCCUGCACCCUGCAGAGCUGAGCCGAGGCAGCCAAGGUGGUUUCUAGGGUCUGUGUUUUACUUACCCUCUACUGACAGUUUUAACUUUUUAUUCUUACUUUUGUACAGAAAUAAAGUUGUUUAUUCAA